GGGUGGCAGGCCGAGUCCACCCUCCACCUCUCGUCGACAAGGCAACGAAAACCACGGGCCACGGGGAAAGGAGAAACACAAGCAACCUCCCCUCUCUCCCCCCUGCUCCGUUCGUCCACCCCCUCCCGCCAGCCCGUCGCCCGAUUUCACAUGGCUCAGCGUCUCCACGGCCAAUCCGACCUCACCGACGGCGAUUGCCUCCGUUUCUCCGCUUCCAAUUCCAGCUCCAGCUCCAGCUCUUCCUCCCGGUUCCUCCUCGCCGCCCCCGCCGACGACGGCUCCCUCUGUCGGGCCCGCCGCUGACCUCUUCUCCGCUGCGUCUGCGCCCGACCCCCGGGCGGUUCUUUGGCUCUUUUGCUUCUUGGCCCGCCCCAGCCUUCGCCAUGGGCAAGAAGAGUAAGAGGAGCAAAGGAGGCCGAGGAGGAGGUGAUGGUGCCGAUGACCAGCUUGACGGCGGCAGCGAUGCCGACAGCGUGGCCUCGAUGUCGACGGCGCUGUCCGACCUUCAGCUUGCGCAGGCCACCGAGCAUGUCAGCUCCCAGGAAUUCGUUCUUGACAAGUACAUCGACGACCUCUACGAGAAGAGGGGAUCCACCAGAGAGAAAGCACUUGGUGCUCUUGUUGAUGCUUUUGAAAGUUUUGUGCUUCUUGGUUUAGUGGAAAAUAAGUAUGUCACACUACUGAGCCAGUUCACCAAUUCAAUUAAAAAGGGAUCUACAAAGGAGGCGUGUCUAGCUUGUCGUGCCAUAGGCUUACUGUCAAUUACACUAGGUGCUGGAAGUAGCUCACACGAAAUAAUGGAUGAGUCGGAACCACAGCUUUUGAGAAUCCUCCAAACUUGGCCCGAUGCACCAAAGAUGAUAUCUGCACUUGAUUGCUUAGCUGUUAUCACAUUUGUUGGUGCAACUGAUCUUGCUGAAACCCAGCUAUCUAUGAGAGCCAUCUGGGAUGUGAUCCACCCAAAAUCAGGAUCAAAUGUUGGCAUUAUCAGAAAACCGAAGCCUCCUUUAUUAGCAGCUGCUGUAUCUGCAUGGGCUUUUCUUUUGACAACUGUUGGUUCAUCUAGAAGAAGUACUGAUUCUUGGAAAGAGUCAAUUACAUUUCUCACUAGUCUUCUAGAAACAGAGGAUCGUGUUGUGCGGAUUGCUGCUGGUGAAACAUUAGCUCUAUGUUUUGAGCUAAAACUGCUUGAUGUUUCCACUAGAGAAGAAUCUGAUGUUGAUAGUGACAUCAGAGAGACCAGUGGCUCUAAGAACCAACUUUUCUUGAAUAUGCAAGCAUUGAAAGCCAAAAUAUCUGGUCUGGUCUAUAAUCUCUCUAUGGAGGCUGGGGGCAGAGGUGCUGACAAGAAAAAUCUUAAUGAUCAGAGAGACUUGUUCCAACAAAUCUCAUAUUUUAUCAAGAGUGAUGAGUUCCCUGAAGAAUCACUUAGGAUUUCAGGCAAGAAUGGCAUUUUAGGAGUUACAUCAUGGCGUGAAUCAAUACAGUUGAACUAUUUGAGGCGGUUUCUUGGGCGAGGAUUCCUGAAGCAUGCACAGGACAAUGAUUUGCUGCAUGAUAUAUUUGAUAUCAAAAUUGAUCGUGUUGAAAACAUGUCAACCACCAAAAAGAAAAUGUUUAGAUCUGAGGAAGAGAAAGGAAGAGCUCUAAAGUUGAAUAAAGAACGUCGUCUCGCCCAGGAGAGGAAGCAAAACAUCUUGAACGAGCAAUACGGGUAGAACUAGAACCUUUCCUCCUGCCUGGAGUUCUGCAUAGUCGAACUACUACCAGAUUGUUGAGUGUUGUGUAUGGUAUUAUGCAUUGAUUGAGUGUAUUGCUCAGUAUUGUGAUAGGUAUUACAGUACAACUGCAUACUGAGAAACACUUGUACAGCGUGAUAUUUGAAAUUGUUUGUUCGAAACACUCAGUUUUAUAGAAAGUGUUGCGUUGACUAUCAGGAGUCGUUUGUGAACAGUACAGUACAGUCAUUUAUGAACGUUCUUCAGGUUA